AAAGAUCUACGAGCGAACGUGGCAAAACGAACGCCUUCGAAUGGCUGCUUGUGCAGAGCGGCCCCCACGUACAGCCCUCGCGACGGGGCCGAGGCCCAGGCCGUGAUACAUCCUUUCCGCGGCCUACCAGUCACUCCGUCCCUCGUUCCGGCGCCCACAGGCUCAGCCAGCUCGCGCGGUAAGCGCCACCUACUCCUUUCGAAUCCGUCGCUCGAAUCCCGAGUCUUGUCAAUUUUCGCUCACUGAUCUCCCCGUGCAGUGCUUUCUUGGCACGCCGGGCUCUUUCGGUCCUCGCGCCUUCGAGUUCUUUCGAUAUUUGCGGCACGGUGCCCGUGUUCUUCGAGCGCAGGACUGAUUUCGAUCUGUUGAGGUUUUUUUUUGGGACAAUUGAGCUUUCCUGAGUGCAGUUGCAAUCGUCGCUGUGGUUUGUGGAAUGAGGGUCGAAUCACGCUAGAUUUAGAUUGUCGCCGGGCACGCCAGGAUUGCCAUCCAUUCUCGAAGCAAUUCUCAGUACACUUUGCCAGGUGAUGGGGGCGAUAUAGACUUCUUGCUGUCGUUGGGAAGCCAUAGAUGCGAGAUCUGCGGCAAGCGGAAAGCUGAGCACUAUGGUAUUAAAACCGGUCGUCAUUUUCGGAUUGGGCGGAGCAGAUGUCCGCCUGAGCUGAGAGAGGAAGAACGGUGACAUCCUUCCAUCAGCCGUGACUAAGGCUUGCUAAUGCGGAGGGUACAGAUUUCAAUCCUGAAGGAAGGGUUACGAUCCUUGCACAAUCUGAGACGAGCAAAAGCUGUAAAUUUAGCGGAAUAAAAUGGUUACUUUCUCCGGGGGCUUUCUUUGUGGGAACUGUGCGAUUGCUGCCAAAUCCACCUCUUCUCUACUUAAAACUCAUCAAAAUAUCCUGAAGUUUGUUGGAGCGGAAGCUGAGGAAUUAUCUUCCACAUUUUGGCUUUCCUCCGGCAGGAGCGUAUCUCUUUCGAACUCAACAAGCUAUGGUGGACGUGCGGUGAAUGUGACCUGGGGUGACAAGCGCCAGGUCCAAAUUCCCAUCUCAUGCAGAGAAGAUGGUGGGGUUUCAGGAGAAACUCCAUCUAAGUGUAGCAGUAUGCCGCAGGGGCCAAAGGGUAGCAGGUCGGUCAAAAACCUAGGGGGCCUUCAGACUGCCACGAGAUUCGCUUGCAAGGAUGCAAAGCUCAUGGGUGCCGCCGCACGUAAUUUGGAUGUUCGUGCUCGCAACGAUCUGACUAUUCUGAAAGAAGGAAUUCUGAGAUUAGACAUGCGAGCGAGACAAGAUGUGGCUUUGAUAGGCUCAGGCUUUCUGAAACUGGAUGCCCGUGCCAGAGAAGAUACCGAAAAGCUAGAUACGCAGGCUCGCCAGAAUGUGAAACGCCUACGGUUAAUAAUUCUUGGGCUUCAAGAAGUUGCAAGAUUGGAGGCAGAGGAGCACUGGAGUAACGGCGCUCUAGACGCCGAUUUGCGACUUGCAGACUUGAGGGCUCGAAGGCGUGCCAUGGAAGAUGCGUAUAUUUCUAUUCAGGCUGUUAAAAAUGUUCAUGAUACCUUGGUCAGGAUCGUGCGAAUGAGAGAGGAUCAGUCAGUUCCAACCUUUACCAGAACAGAAUUGAAGGCCUUCAAAGACAAGGGAGAGCUUAAAGCAGAAUUCAAAACUGGUAGUGUCGCUCUCGAUCGCCUGCUUGAACUGGAGGAAGCGUAUCUCAAUGUGGCUACUCUGCUAGCAGAAACCGAGGGCAUGGACUACAAGGAUCCGGACGAGCUAGGCUUUAUAGUUGCAACGCUGUUAGAUAUGGACGAGGUAGAUGGGAGAAGUGGAGCAUCGCUCCUAGCUGAAUGUGCCACGUCUCCUGACGUUGAGACCAGGCGGGCAUUAGCAGACGCACUAGCCGACGCACCUUCUUUGUGGACUCUUGGCAACGCAGGCAUGGGUGCUUUGCAGAAGCUAGCGAAAGACAGUAAUCCUGUCGUUGCAGCUGCAGCAACUAGGGCCUUACAGGAACUCAAUGACCAGCUGAACGUGGAGGAUAGUUUCUUCUUACCCGAAGGUUUCGGACUAUCAGAGAACACAGUUACUGAAGAUGACGGGGAGGAUUCGUAAGACUCUGGACGUCAGAGUUGCAGCAAGGCCCAAGUAAAUACGACUGCCACAUGCCUUGCAAGGGAGUUUGGUUUACCCCUUUGUAGAUAGAUUAAAUGAGACAUGUGUGAUUAUUUUCAACCCUAGCACCUACUAAUUGGUCUUCACGGAGAACAGUUUCGUUACAUGUGUGAGGGCACACUGGUGUAUGAAAGGUUGUUUCACCGAUGUCACAGAACUAGUGUCUCGAUAGAUUCUUAUUGAGGGACAAGAGCAAACAUUUUAUAGCUUGCAACACCAGACCGCUUGAGAAAUCAGAUUUGCAACUUACUGUCUUACUCCUGGUGGAAAUUCAGCUUAGUAAGUUGUCUAGACCACCAAGGAAGGAAUGUAGUUUGCCUGUUGUUGUCUCACGGGAUUUCGACGAAGGCAGCAGAAACGAAACAAGCCUCUGUACCUCGGAUCCUGAAUUUUAGUAGGAGACUGUAUCAUAAAAUUAAGUAUCGAUUAAAGUGUACACUGGCAAGAAAAGAAGCUUCUGUUCAACACACCUGUUGGUAUGUUUGGCUUAUUAUGUC